UGAAAACAAAAUGAAAGAAAAUGUCAGUGUGCCAGUCUGAGUUUGAUAACAAGUUGUAUUAUCAUCUGACCAAUGUUCCAGCUGUUGUAGUAAUAUGUAUACUUCAGUUAUAUACAUAUCGACAAACGAAAAAGUUGAAACUGCUGCUACCAUUUUCUUUUUUCACAGAUAAUGAUCACAAAAGGACUUCCACUGUUCUGGCAUUUGGAGCCAUAGCAAAUACAUUUAUCAAUACUUUGACACUCGGAAACUUCAUGUUAACAUCACAGAGCUGGGUAUGGGGACCGUUAACAAAUCUUAUCUCAGUAGCAGAAAUUGGUUUUCUUUACUUCCCCAUAUUCACCUGCAUCCAUUCUCCGUAUGUUACUUUAGCAUCCGUUCUUGGUUCCAUUUACACAAUGUUUAUUACAAUUGGGAUUUUUGUCCGCUUGUUUCAUGUCAAAUGUGAAGGUGAAUCCCAGCUGGGUUCUCAAGUAUUGUCAGGAUUUGCGAUUUUACCAGACAUUGUAUGUUCUUUUGGGAUUAUGUUCAAGUUCAUUCAUCAAAUCUUUAAAAGCAUAAAAACAGGUGUUCAUGAAGAACGUAAAGAUAAAAUACUGAAAAAAUAUCAGCAACAGUAUGUUAAAAAACUGUUCAACCCGUCUCCCAUUGAAGGCUCUUUAAAUUUAGUUGCCAAAUAUGUUUGGAAAAAUGAUCCUUAUUUUAAAUUUUCAACGAUCAUUUUAUCAUCUGUGAUAAUUUUCAUCACUUUAUUGUAUCGGAUUGCAAUCAAAGGUUUAUACUACUUGCAUAUUAUGAGAAAAUGGUCGGUGAUUAAGAGAGCAUUUAUUCGAAGCGCCGUUAUAUUAGGUGCCAUUGUGUUGUUGAUUGGGGUGUUACAGUUAUAUUUCUUCAUGAAGACUCAUCGAAAAGAUAUGAAAAAUGUGUACAAAAAAGGUCCCAAAGAAGUUGAAAUAUCAAAUACUUCGACCAUUCAGCGAAAUCUUUUUUUUCCUGGUUACUUUAUUGCCCAUAUGGUGUUUGGACAAAUUGUGUGUCUGUUGUUUAUCUUAUUCUUCACAACACCUUUCAUUUUUUUAGCACAGGUUUGUCCUGAUUGCUAUAAAGAAGUUAUUGUUCCAGUGUUAAAAAAUGUUUAUGGUCUUUUUAUCAUACCAAUCGUGAUUUACAUCGUUCAACGCUGUCUGGUUUUUUUUGUGUUCAGUCCGAGAGUCAACGAUGAGCGAGCAUUCAUCAAAAAGAUGGGAUUUUACCACAUUGUUCUGUAUUUUUCAAUGUUCUGUAAUUUAUUGCUUGGUGUGUUCUCGUGUUUGUACACCGUCUUCUUAUCCGCCAUUGUAAGUCUUGUUUGCUUGGGAAGAAUUGAUCGUAUUGUAAUGAAUCCAAAAUAUUUCAAACGCUUCCAUCGUGGUCAUCUGGCAUACCUUAGCUUUUUGAAAGUGGAAGGAGUUCAUAAGAAUCCGAUUAUGAGAUGCUUCUGCUCCAUUCUUUUUGCCUUGGUAUCAAAUCAACGGUACUUUGACCCACGCGACACCAAGAUUUUCAUGAUUUCUCCUACUUCAUACAGAGUAUCACGAAGAGCACUCAACCGAUGGCAUCUUGCAGUUAUGUUACUUCGAAAUCCAGCAUUGAUGCAAUAUCGAAUAAAGGCAAAGCAAAAAACCAAGUACGGAAACUUUGCAUGAAAUUAAAAUCUCUGAUAGAGGCUUCGUAAAAAACUCUCUAUUUCUCUGCCGAAACGUUGCGUCGCCCAAAGAGAGAGGUGAAGAUUAGAUGAUAGUGUAACAACUUAACUACAUAAGCAAAUGUACAUUAUUGUAAAAUUUAUUUUUAUUUAAUCACUUCAAAAUCUUGGAUAAGUGCUGCUAAUAAAAUAAAUGUCACCUGAACUAAAUGUUGAGUUGGGGACCUGGAAAACUUAAUAAACGUCGUCUUGAAUAUGAGCUAUCAUUAAAAGUGCCCCUCGCGAAAAAAACAAGUUGAUUUUAUAUAAAAGGAUUAACAUAACAUAAAAUGCAAAUCUUUAUUGGUUUCUGAUUUUUUGUAGAGCACGUAUUCACGAACAUAUUAUACAUUGUAUAUAUAUUGAAUAAUUAUCGGACGUACUUAUUACUUUUUUUCAUUGGUUAUUUUUAAAUGAAUUUUGUUAUUAAUCUUUGUUAAUUUACACAGCACAUGUAAAUAUCUUCAGUAUUAUUUUCUAGGGCAGUUAGACCACGUUUUUGUUAAGCAAGCCGCUCUCUCUCUCUCUCUAGUCUUACUAUUGUUUUAUACCGUCUUCUUUUACCUAAUUAUGCGCAAUUAUGACGUCACAAGUUCGAUGUAAAGAAGCAGUUGAUGGCAUGAAUAAUAAUCAGGAUAACUCAGUUUUAAUAUUUAUGUAAGUAUGUUAAAACUGUAAAACUUGACAGGUAAAAUAUGGUUACAUCACCAACAAUAAAACAGCACCUAAUUUUUUGUAUAACAUUAUGUCAUACAUGAAUUAGCAUAAUUAUCAAAACUUCUGAGUCAAGAAUCUUGGGAACUGAUUGACAUUUUUCAAUAAAACGCAUACUUGGCUUUUUUGAUUUUCAUUAGCUAUUUUAUUGGAGGACUAACUUAAAUUUUUAUUGGCUAUUGGUGGGCAAACUUUGAUUUUUAAUGGCUAUUUU